AUGCCAGGAAGACAAUCGCAUGGCAGAUCGCUGUUGAAGCAGCCUAAGGUUAGAACAAAGUCAACGAAGAAGACUGUCGAUGCAUUUUCUGUCGCGCAGCAACAAAUUGGGGAACGCCAUAGAGUUAGACAAAAUCGAUUGGGCCAUGCUGAAGGUGGGAACGGGUCUGGAAAACGAAACAGAGAUGAGGACGACGAAGAUGAAGAUGAGGAAGAUGAGUCUAGUGCGAAGAAACAGAAAAAGGGCCCAGCAAAAGGUCGAUUUGAUGAGUUAGACAUUGACGAGGGAAGCGACAGUGAAGGAAACACAUGGAAAUAUGGGGUGGUAGACAGUGAUGACGAUAACGAUAUCGACAGCGACGAAGCUUUUGGAGAGAGCGAUGAGGAAAAAUUCGAAGGAUAUGCAUUUUCGGGGAGCUCAAGUAAUAAUAAGAGUUCUAAGAAACGUACUCCGCAAAAUAAAGAUUUAAAUCUGGAUGAGGAUGAUGAUGGGGAAGAUUCGGGGUCAGAAUUGGAGGAAGGCGACUUGGGAGAGGGUGCUAUUGAUCUUGCAGAUAUGUUGGAUGCCUCAUCGGAUGAUGACGACGAAGCUGAGGCUGAAGGCUCGAACGAAUCCGGUUUCGACGACGAGGAUGAAAAUAGCGACGACGAGUCUUCUGCAUCCUCUGCCGACGACGAAGACGAUGACGAUUCCACAGAUCCAUCAAAGCUCGCGGCACUACAAAACUUGAUUGCGAAUCUUCCGCAGAACGAAGGCAAUGCCAUUGCCAAACAACGGAGUGAUGGAGCGAGCGAAUAUGCUACCCCUUCGGACUUUGGUCUCACAUCAAAGAACAAACUUACACUGGAAGACCUUGGGUUACCUAAGAUCAGUGAUCCUCAAAUCAAAAAAUCUUUAAAGUUUUUGGAGAUUGGCGAUAGCAAGAAAAAGGUUGCUGGCAAGCUAGAAGUGCCCCUCGCAAGACGUCAACAGGACCGCCUCGAUCGCAGCGUAGCCUACGACAAAAGCAAAGAAACCUUAGACAGAUGGACGGACACCGUGAAGCAUAAUCGACGAGCAGAUCAUUUGACUUUUCCUCUGGCUGAUCCAGAUGCAGAUUCUGCACGCGCAAAUACUCGACUUCAGUCAACAACACAAUCUAAACCAUUCAAUGAGCUAGAAGCCACAAUUCAGAGUAUUCUCGAGGAGAGUGGACUCGCAACUGCCGGUGGUAGAGAUGACGAGGACAAAAUCCGAGAAUUUGAGGAAUUGGAAAUGAACAAACUGUCUAUGGAGGAAGUGAAAGCUCGUAGGGAUCAGUUACGAAUGGCUCGAGAGCUCAUGUACAGAGAAGAGCUCAAGGCGAAGCGAGUGAAGAAAAUUAAGAGUAAGUCUUAUCGCAAAGUUCAUCGAAAGCAGCGUGAAAGGGAAGAGGCGAAAAACCAAGCAGCUCUUGAAGAGGGAGGGUUCGUUCCUUCUGAGGACGAGUUAGAGGCCCAAGACAGACGACGUGCGACCGAGAGAAUGGGGGCAAAGCACCGAAACAGCAAAUGGGCAAAAGCCACAAAAGCCACGGGUCGAGCAGCAUGGGAUGAAGAUGCUAGAGAUGGUAUCACCGAAAUGGCACGAAGAGAGGAGGAGUUGCGAAAGAGGGUAGAAGGAAGAGCAGUGAGGAAAGAGUUUGAAGAUGACUCGGACGAAUCAAUGGAUGAUUCCGAUGACGAUAUGAGCGACGAUGACGAAGAAACGGAGCAAAGGCGACUUCUUCGACGCCUGGAAAAGGCCGGACAAGACCAUGUUGUCGAUGACUCUGCACCAGGUGCAAAACUGGCAAAUAUGAAGUUCAUGCGGACUGCGGAAGCAUCACGCAAGAAGGCUAAUGAUGAUAUGGUGGAAGAAAUGCGGAAGGAGCUCGUAGGAGAGGAAAGCUCCAGUGAAGAGGAAGAAGAUGGCGAUAUUGGACGUAGGAUAUUUGGACCUGGAUCCAAAGCCAAGGAUGCCCCGACGAAACCACAAAAGCUUAACGAAUUUGAAGAAGCUGCAGACUCUCAGGAUGAUGAGGACAACAUGGAAGUGGAAUUCACAGGGGUCGAUAAUGGGCCAAAAACAACGGCGAGCGUACCAAAACCAAAGAUUACUAAUGGCGCGAGCAAGAGUUUUGGAAGGUCAUCUGUCACAGAACCAGAGGUAGCUACUGAAGGUGGGGCUUGGUCAAAAGUACCUCUCAAAUCCGGCAUGGUCAGCAACAAGGAGGCAAAUAAACGCAGACACAAGAGUAAUAAUGUUAUCGAUGUCGAAGAGCUUGAUUUGUCACAAGCCGCUGUAAUGGCCAAGCAACCCAAAUCCAACAAGACCAAGUCUAGAACUACUCAGAUACUUGAGGCUUCUGAUGAAGAUAGUGAGGAUGAUGGGACUAUUCACCUCCCCUUCGCCAUCAAAGAUCAAGAGCUAAUCAAGCGUGCCUUUGCUGGAGCCGAUGUCGUCGGCGAUUUUGAAACCGAGAAAAGACAGACGAUUGAAGAUGAGGAUGAGAAAGUCAUCGAUAACACCAUCCCUGGCUGGGGAAGCUGGGUAGGAGAUGGCGUGAGCAAAAGAGAGAAGGCAAAGAACAAGGGAAGAUUCCUUACCAAGUCUGAGGGUAUCAAGGAGCAAAAUAGAAAAGAUACAAAGCUUGACCGCGUCAUCAUUAAUGAGAAACGUGUCAAGAAAAAUGGGAAAUACUACGCAUCACAGCUACCUCAUCCUUUCGAGAACCGCCAGCAGUAUGAGCGCUCAUUACGAUUGCCCGUUGGUCCGGAAUGGGCUACCAAGGAGACCUUCCAGGACUCGACCAAGCCGAGAGUCAUGGUCAAACAAGGCAUUAUUACUCCUAUGUCGAAUCCUUUGUUGUAG